AUGCCCCUGCGACCCGGAACCAUGCACCUGGCCUGCAUGUUCUCCUCCAUCCUCCUGUUUGGAGCCGCAGGCCUCCUUCUCUUCAUCAGCCUGCAGGACCCCACGGAGCUCGCCCCCCAGCAGGUGCCAGGAAUGAAGUUCAACAUCAGGCUGCAGCAGCCCCACAGUGACUUUCCACCAGGCAGUUCCAAGGAUGGUGACUUGAAGGUGCCCACAGAGAAGGGUACCCGAGACUGGUCUGAUCCCUCCCCCAGGGGCCUCAACCCUCAGUGGGACAGCCUGGGACCUCUGGUGCAUGACCAGCCAAGACCCCAUCUAAAGAUGGGGGCUCGCCUGCGACUCCAGCAGCGGCGGCGGCGGCUGCUUAUCAAAAAAAUGCCAGCUGUGGCAGCCAUCCCAGCCAACAGCUCAGCCAGCACCCUGCAGUGGCCGGGCCCCUGGACCCUGAGCGGCCACUGGGCCAUCCUGCAAGAGAACCAGCAAGAGCGCAAGAGGGUGAUGCAAGAGGCGUGUGCCAAGUACCGGGCGAGCAGCAGCCGCAGGGCGAUCACGCCACACCACGUGUCCCGCAUCUUCGUGGAGGACCGCCACCGCGUGCUCUACUGCGAGGUGCCCAAGGCCGGCUGCUCCAACUGGAAGCGGGUGCUGAUGGUGCUUGCCGGGCUGGCCUCGUCCACCGCCGACAUUCAGCACAACACAGUGCACUACGGGAGCGCCCUUAAGCGGCUGGACACCUUCGACCACCAAGGCAUCCUCCACCGCCUCAGCACCUACACCAAGAUGCUCUUUGUCCGUGAGCCCUUCGAGAGGCUUGUCUCUGCCUUUCGCGACAAAUUCGAGCACCCCAAUAGCUACUACCACCCUGUCUUCGGUAAGGCCAUCCUGGCCCGGUACCGGGCCAACGCCUCGAGAGAGGCACUGAGGACGGGCUCUGGCGUGCGGUUCCCUGAGUUUGUCCAGUACUUGCUGGACGUGCACCGGCCGGUGGGCAUGGACAUCCACUGGGACCACGUCAGCCGGCUCUGCAGCCCCUGCCUCAUCGACUAUGACUUCGUGGGCAAGUUUGAAAGCAUGGAGGACGAUGCUAACUUCUUCCUGCGCCUGAUCCAUGCACCACAAAACCUGACCUUCCCCCAGUUCAAGGACCGGCACUCACAGGAGGCGCGGACCACAGCAAGGAUCACCCACCAGUACUUCGCCCAGCUCUCCACCCUGCAGCGGCAGCGUACUUAUGACUUCUACUACAUGGACUACCUGAUGUUCAACUACUCCAAGCCCUUUGCGGACCUGUACUGA